AUGCGGAAAUGCUAUGAACACGAAUCGGUUAGGGAUGAUAGCUCUCUGCGCGAAGCCUCCUCGGCCUUGCCCGGGCAGCAGGGUGAGACCUCUGAGCUGAGUCAUCCUAUCCAGUCCCCUGAGCCACUUGGAUCGGAUGAUGCCCUGGUGGUGGAUAGUAAGGAAAAGAGGGAGUCCCGAGUGAAGAUGGAAGAAGGUCUGCCUGUUGAACCAGCAGCGGCAGUAGGAGCCGUAGAGGGUGAUGGCACUACUGAGGGGGCGAUUGAUACCGCCACAGAGGUUAUGGCCAAGACCUCGAAACGCAAAAGUAUGGCAAUACGAGGUCCUCGUCGUGUCGCUGCUCGGCAAUCGACAUUGCAGUAUAUUGCUGUAGUGUUGGUUGAUAAGUACAACACUGCCUAUAGGAUUGGCCUCCUAUUCCUACUGAUGCUCCUAGCAUUCGUCUGUGGUAUCCAGUGCUAUGCUCAGUUCAUUGUACCUGUACCCCCCACGGCUGAGGAGCUAGACACUCUUGCCCCAGAGACCCUCACAAAUCCUCAACGUACACGUUAUGAGGUCACCGCUACCGCCGUGGUUGAGUCUCUCAUUCUCGGCCUCAUCGGGUUGCUCGCACUCCUCCGAGCAGUAGUGGUGAUCAAAACACUGCUCUUAAGCGACAAAGAAAAACUAUACAAAAUAAGGAACGAAUGUAGAGACACCCAGGAAUGUCAGAACCCGUCAGAAUGCACCAUCAGGAGGCGCAUCAUCUGCAUGUUCACCACCUUUAGAAGCAACCUAGAAAUGACAGGCGAGUGGUUUUGGCAAGGUUAUUUUACCGUACAGAUCCUGGAUACCAUAUUACAGAUAGUCCGUCUCCUUGAGCAAGGGGGGCGUUCUAUUACAGGGCAGCAGACGCCUGUGGCAGAUCGGGUAGCGAUCAUGACACAGGCCACUCUGAUAAUGUUGGUCAUGUUGGUUGGUCCAACAACUCUAAUACUCAACAACAGGGUUUGGGCCUCUUUAUUCGACGUUAUGGCCGCCUUCAGCUUUACUGCUGCCUAUCUAAUCAUAUCUGGACACAUCAUCCAGGUUGGUACAUGGCAUACUUUGCAAUUUACCACUUUCACCACAUUUUUAUCAAGUCUCGUGCCCGCUGUGCUUUCAUUGGAUAAUAUAGUUGGUGUUGAUCGAUACCUUCUAGAGAUCGCCAAACGCCCUGAGCUCACUCGUGCUCCGAGGAGGAGUCGUCUCCGCUGCUACAUUAUCGCCUUCACCAUGUGGGUCGUUGGUCUUGGUGGCUUCAUAUACGUCACAAUGACCCAGUUCAAGGGUGACUACUGCAGUGAGGUUAUUCCUAGGUUUGAUAAGGAGUGUCUGCUCCCGAUUUACCCUAUUUUGGAUUCGGAUUCAUGUGACUGUCGGAUGGCAUCAGUUUAUCUACAAGAAGAAUGUGUACAGGAUGAUAUGCCCCGCCUAUCGCUCUACAACAGGAUGGAGUAUCUGAUGAUAUCUGACAAUACCCCAACUCCACCCACAUCAUGCACUAAUGAACCUCAGACACUCCUCGAUACUGUCUCUAAGUUUGGAAGCCUCGUAGUGCUCAGUUUGGUAGCGGUUCCUAUACAGACCCUCAGCUUGGGAAAACUGAAUUCCCUAGAGGUUCUCGUUGCAACAGCAACGCGUCUGUCGGUCGUGCCUGAUGAUGUGAACGAGCUGUUGCCCUCGAUUCGCUCCUUCCAGUUUGAGCUCUCCCAAAUCCAGGAACUGCCCUUCGAUUCCCUCCAGCAACUACAGCAUCUGGAAUACCUCGGUCUGGCUGGUAAUCCUAUUUGCCAGAGUGCCGCCUUCCCCGAAUGGACGGUUGGGAUAGUUGAGUGUGGUUCUUCGUCUGGGGAUGCUUGCCCCGUUGAGAGCUCCCUCGUUGGUCUAUCGCAGUCUCUCACUGGAUACUGCCGAAAAUGGGUCCUGAGGGGCGCUUCGACUCUCUGUUUACCGGCUUGUACCGAUUUCUAUGCGCCCACCUAUGCUGCUAUGGAUAUGGAUGGCAGCACUACGAUGAGCGUUCAAGAGAAUACUGUUCUAUUCCAAAUGUUCGGUUUGAUUGAGCCAGGAAUAGAGGUCACUACAACUGUGCAUCACUGCAUUAUGGAAGCCUGUGGAAAGGAGGCGUCGGAUGAGAUAACGGCUCCUGUCGAGGCAGUGGCCCAUACUUCCUUCCUGCUUUCAGCUAAGUGUUCCGUCAGUCCUUCCAACGAUGAGAUGGAAAUGCCCGUGGACUUGAGUUCUCCUCGUACUCGUCUUGUCGUCGAUAAACUCGGUAUCACUCGAGAGAUGCUGGAUAAGGCGGCGAGUCAGCAGCUGCCUAGCCGGGCCUUACGAAGUGGAGACCCUGAAGUAGCUGAUCUAUGGACCCAGUUAAUGGCCGCCAAGAGAGAUCACUACACUGAGUUGGUUCUGGCCGAGAGAGAGCAUGUCACUGCUGAAGAGCUUGCUGAAUAUAGAAGCCUUCAAGAGUACCAGCAAGAGCAGUCGAUUCGUACCUCUCCACGGGCUUUGCGAGCAUAUCGAGAAUCGAAAUCUGCUGCUGGAGGUUCGAGAACACGAGGUGAGGACGAGGAAGAGGACCCAGCGAUAGCUCGACAAAGAGAACAAGUCGAACGAACAAGGGAGGAAUUGAAGUCUGAAAUACUAGGCAUGAUCACGAGUGAGCUCGCCAAGAAGCAGUUGGCUGCGGCAAGGCAAGCACAGGAAGCGAAGUUUGCCAAGAAGCUGAGAACGCUUAAAGAAGACCGUCAAAAGCUCAAGGAGGAUAUGAAGGCCAUACAGCUUGAGAUUGAUCUUAUUCGGGCUCGCCAGGCUGUGAUGGAUCAGAAGAAGAAACAACGAGAAGAGUUGUUACGGAGGAAUCUAGAGGAAAAGGAUCGCCUUCGAGAAGAAGUACAAUCGAGGAUUAAAAGUAAGCUAAACACAGUAGCCGAGCGGAAACAAGCUUUAGCCGAGAUCAAGAAGGCCGAGGCGGAAGCCUUCGCUGAGAAGUUGGAGGAGGUGAAGGAGAAGAUGAGGGUAGAGCGUGAACGGCUAGCCGCUGAGGCGGCAGCACGGCAAGCGAAGUCUGCGGAGAAGCAGAGACAGAUUGAAGAGAAUAAGGCCAACCUCAUGCAGAUGUUGGCGGACGCAGCGACAGUACGAUCGAUUGAGUUCUCCAAACGGCUGGCGGCGGCGGAGCGGAUCGCAACAGAGACUGAAGCAAGUCGACAGGCAUUAGGAGAGGAGGCCAAGAAGAGGCAUGAGGAAGCUAUAAGGAAGAAUGACAGGCUGCGGAAGGAAGCUUGGGAAGCUAUCAAACUCCGGAACCGCAAGCAUGAGGAGGACAUAGACAAGGUUCGAGAAAGAGCGGCUAAGGCGAGGCUGGAGCACCACCAGAGGGUGAAGGAGAUGUAUGAGCGAAAAAUAUCUCGAAAAGAUGCUGCUGGGGAGAAAGCUGCGAGAGAAGCGUUUGUUGCACGGCAGCUAAGACUAAAACGGGAGAUGUACGAGGAUCUGGUCAAAAUCAAUGCUGCUAGAGUAGCUAAUCAGCAUGAGCACAUAAAUCAGAGAAGGAUGCUGAGGAUUUCCCAGACUGAGGCGAAGUUACGUGAUGUAGCCGAGGCGAAGGAGGCAUUUUACCAGAAGAGGAUAAUGCGCAUACGAGAAGGCUGGGCUGAGAAGAACAAGCUGAAGGCAGAGUUGGAUAAGCUGAAGUACUGCAACAGCACUCGACAAUUUACCAGAUCUGUUAAACGGCUAGGGAUUACUCUUCCUGAUACAGAGGAUCCCAAAGCGGCUACUAAGAAUGCUCAUUCGUAG